AUGUAUUGCACUGAAUAUAAAUUCCCUUGUUUCCGACACACACACACAAUUAAACUCGUGCUGCUACACCUACGCGAGUGCAACGGUGUGCAUCCACCCCAGUUUUACAGAAGAAUGUAUGAGUGGGUUGGUUCUGUUGUUAUAUUCUCACCUACUAUUAUUUUCGCUCCUAUACACGACCCCUAUUUGGAAGGUGGAGAGAAGUGGCGCAUAAAUAAUAUCGUUCAAGGAGCCAGUAUCUCUGUGGCUGUAAAAAAGAAGAGAAAAAGUCCAACAUACCCCUUAUUCCGAGUCAAAGGCGUAAUGGAAGCUCCCGCUGCAGUUGUCACCGGGGCAGCGAAGCGCAUCGGGCGGGCGAUUGCCGUGAAGCUCCACCAAACAGGCUACCGUGUUGUGAUUCACUACCACAAUUCUGCUGAAGCUGCGGUGAGCCUCGCAGACGAGCUGAACAAGGAGCGCAGCAACACAGCUGUGGUGUGUCAGGCUGACCUCACAAACAGUAAUGUGUUGCCUGCGAGCUGCGAGGAAAUUAUAAACAGCUGUUUCCGUGCCUUCGGCCGCUGCGACGUGCUGGUCAACAAUGCCUCAGCAUUCUAUCCGACACCACUCGUUCAAGGGGACCAUGAGGAUAAUUCAAAUGGAAAAACAGUCGAAACGCAGGUGGCAGAGCUGAUUGGCACAAACGCCAUCGCACCGUUCCUACUAACAAUGUCGUUCGCCCAAAGGCAAAAGGGUACAAACCCGAACUGUACGUCGUCGAAUCUUUCCAUUGUGAAUCUCUGCGAUGCCAUGGUGGAUCAGCCAUGCAUGGCCUUCUCCCUGUACAACAUGGGUAAACACGCAUUGGUUGGUCUGACGCAGUCGGCAGCGCUGGAGUUGGCCCCUUACGGCAUUCGUGUUAACGGUGUGGCACCCGGCGUGUCCCUCCUUCCAGUUGCUAUGGGAGAGGAGGAAAAGGAUAAAUGGCGGCGAAAGGUUCCUUUGGGACGACGUGAGGCAUCAGCAGAACAAAUCGCAGAUGCUGUCAUAUUUUUGGUAUCUGGAAGCGCGCAGUACAUCACCGGUUCCAUCAUCAAAGUGGACGGUGGGUUAAGCCUUGUGCAUGCCUAA